ACAGGAUAUGAAAAUCAUAAACAAUAAGGAUGUACAUUGAAGCAGGCAGGAGAAAGUAACAGAGAGGGACAGGAGGGGAUGAAAGAGGCAACAUGGGGAGGUGGUGGUAUGUGUAGAUGGUGUGUGUGUGUGUGUGUGUGUGUGGAUUUGUUUGCUAUAUUGCUUAAUCCCGGCGGCACUGCAUCACACACCAACACCAUCUGUCACCAUUCACAUUCGGAGUCAGCUGCCCGGACUGGACUGGGUCCUGAAUAACAGGCGGGUAACUGGUGAAGGAAGGCUGGGUGCAAGCUGGACACCUCCCGCAGCCUGUGGUCUGUACAGAGCGUUACGGGGGUAGCUUAUGUGUUUCAAUACGGAGCGGCGGUGAAGGGGAGGAAGGGAGGGAGGGAAGAGGGGGAGUUUCUAAUUUGCCCAAGCAGCAUCGGCAGCGCUCUGAUGGUUCGGUGCGCUCAGAGAGGAGCGGGGAGGAUGCAGAAGAGGGAGACACGGUGAUGCGGUGACACAUGGCUGCAUGUACCGCCUGCACGCUCUGACUGACUGCGGCUUUCACUUUCCAUUCACCGUUAAACGGGAGAGGCUGGACACUGGGAUGCUGAGAGAGAGACGCUGCUGGAGGCUGCCGCAACCACCAACCAGGAACAACCAAACAAACAAGCUCUGAAGAGACAGUGGACCACAUAGAUUGCUGAUCGGAUAGCCUGCUGAUCAUACUGCCUUUUGCGUGCCUGAGGAUUUUUGUCCCCGCCGAGCCGCCGUAGCGAUGGGAGAUAAUGUGUCCAAACGACUGAAGUUGAUCUCGGCUACAGAGGCAGAGAUGGAGGAGCGCUCUUUUCCUAACCCGUACCCAGAAUGGGACCAAGGAGUCCUCACCACCAACUCGGGAGCAGACGUAGACUACAAUGAGCCGUUUGAUGCAGAGGGGAAGGUCAGUGCAGCUUUCCAGAAGAAGGUUCAGAAUAAGAUCAAAGAUCUCCUCCAGCAGAUGGAGGAGGGCCUGAAGACCGCUGACCCCCAUGACUUCUCCACUUACACCGGCUGGACAGGUGUUGCCUUGCUAUACCUGCAGCUGCACCGGGUUUCCCAAGAGGCCUCCCACCUGCAGAGGGCUCUGGACUAUGUGAAGAGGACCAUGAGGAUCCUGAACGGCCGCAAAGUGACGUUCCUGUGUGGUGAUGCGGGGCCACUGGCAGUGGGUGCAGUGGUCCACCACAAACUCAACAACACCGCUGACAGCAAAGACUGUCUUUCUAGACUCCUGCAGCUGCAGCGGUCAGUGCUGAGUCCAGAUGCAGAGAUGCCAGAUGAACUGCUGUAUGGCCGGGCCGGAUACCUUUAUGCUCUGCUCUAUGUUAACAAAGAGAUAGGAGCGGACACGGUGGAUGAGAGCACUAUUAUAAAGGUGGUGACAGCCAUCGUGGAAUCAGGGAAGAACCUGUCGGCGGAGCAGAAGAAGACAGAUCGCUGUCCUUUGCUCUAUGAAUGGCACAAAAAGCAGUAUAUCGGGGCUGCCCACGGCCUGGCUGGCAUCUAUUACACACUCAUGCAGCCUGGGGCAAAGGUCCAUCCAGACAUACUGUCAGAAUUGGUUCGUCCCAGCAUCGACUACGUCCGCCACAAGAGGUUUCGUUCUGGGAACUUCCCAUCGUCACUGAGCAAUGAGAGUGACCGGCUGGUUCACUGGUGCCACGGAGCACCUGGUGUCAUCCAUAUGCUCAUCAUGGCUUAUAAGGUGUUUAAAGAGGAGAAGUACUUGAAAGAAGCUGGAGAAUGUGCUGAGGUGAUCUGGCAGCGGGGCCUGCUUAGGAAAGGCUACGGUAUCUGCCACGGCACGGCUGGCAACGGCUACGCCUUCCUGUCCCUUUACAAGUUGACCCAGGACAAGAAAUACCUAUACCGGGCCUGCAAGUUUGCUGAGUGGUGUUUGGACUAUGGCACCCACGGCUGUCGCAUCCCAGACAGACCCUACUCUCUUUUUGAAGGUAUGGCAGGGGCCAUCCACUAUCUUUCAGAGAUGGCAAAGCCUGAAGCUUCCUGUUUUCCUGCCUUUGAACUUUGACCUGCCAAUUGAUGGGACUGAGGAUGACGGAGCGGGAUGGGGACAAACUGUUGUGAAAGCUAAAUUGAGUUUUUACCCAAACACUGGACAAGGAUGUAUUUGUGAUCUAGCUUUCAAUCUUUGUCAUGGGUGAGUAGUGACCAAAUUGGACUGAAUCUGAAGAUGAGACUGGAACUGAGCGUGUAGAUCGAACAAAUUUCCAUAAAAUCAAGAUUAUUUUUGGACAGAACUGCAGGUUGAAUGUUGUUGAUCCAGUGAAAACAAUGGUCACUGGCCUAUCAUAGAAACCUUGUGGGUCCUUCACCUCUGAGGUCCCCUGUCCUCCUGCAGUGUAUGGUGUUAAGGUAAAGACAUGCCCCCAUGCCCACUCCUCACCCAUUACAGUUUAUUGCCGGCUGGCAUCGAAACAGAAGAACACACCCUACGCCCUCAGCCUUUAAUAUCGUAGCAUCUAGGCCAAGAAGCAGGGUGUGUGUGCGCGCGUGUCUUUCUUUCCGAGGUUGUGUGGACAAAUUUUGGUUUGAAACUGUGGUUGUGAGGACAUUUUGACUGGCCCUUAAAACAGCUGUUUGAGGAUUAAGACUUGGUUUAAGCAUUAAGAUUAGAAUUAAGUUUAGAUUAGGGUAACGCCCAGGACACACUGUCUGUGUUGCUUGUGAUGUGUGGCAUGAAAUGUCUCGUUGCAGUAGUGUAUCAUCUAGAGUUUCAGCUUCUUGCCUAUUUUUUUUUUAAUAGUUUUCACUGUUCCCAUCUGUUGAUAGUUAUAUUGAUAUCAUACCAGCAACAUUACAUAAAAAUGACAACUUUCACAAUUACUGAAGGUGAAGUGCAGUAGUUUUCUGGUCCCCCCCCCCCCAAAUUCCAUAAAAUCAAGCAUCUAUUACUGCUGGCCAUUAUCCCAUUAGCCAAGGCAAACUCAGUGUAGAAAGAUAGACAUGGCAGUAGGAGUGCUGCAGCAGACACUCUGAUGGCGCGAGCUGCAGCAAUUCAGCACAACACAGGCAAUGUGUCCCAGGCAUGAGGGUUUGCUGUGAUAGUUAAGAGGCUGGAGAAUGAAUUGUCAAUGAGUAUCUUCACAACUAUUGUAAGACAAGUAUGUGUGUGUUUGUGGAUGUGGGUGAAGUAAACUAAUGCUGUUUUGGUAUUUCUAUGCCUCUGCAUGCUCACUGUAAAUGGCUUUUGGUGCCUCAUAUCCUGUCAAUGUAGUGGUUUCCUCUUCUUGUAUUUGUAGCUGUGCUGUUGCAGUUCUCCAGGUAUUUGUCACAUAGCGGGAAAAAAAAUUCUCUCUCAUCUUUCAUCUCACUGAGACGUCAAAACUCGCUUUGUACUGUUUUUGUGAAGAUGACUAAUAUAUCAGCUGUAAAGUCAAACUGUAGCUGUCAAUCAUUAGCUGUUUAAACUCUCUCUCCCUUUACGACAUUAACCAUCUGGCAGGACCCAGGAGUUUAGUUAGCAUUAGGUGUCUCUACUUCAUGGUUUCAGUUGUGGUGAUGACGAUUGACCAGAUUGUCAAAACUCACACCAGCAGGGAAUCCAUUACAAUUUUGACUGAGCAAGUACACGCAUCAAAACAAACACAAAGGAUUUUCACAAAGAAAAUUUCUUAGUUAAAAUAACCUUUAAUUUCAGUAUGACUUAAGUCAGUCAUACAUUCAGAAUUUUCAGAAUUUCCUUGACAAAUGAGAAAUGUAUGUGGAUUUAAGUCUUGUGACACAAAACUUUCCUGAAGCCAAAGGAUAGGAAGCUAUUUAUCUAGAUAGUUAGCUUGCCAUUUCAAAUGGGGGUGACACACCAACUAUUUUUUAGUUUUAUUUAUUUUGCCAAUCUGAAAUCUUAUGGCAGAGGAUGUCUUUCCUACAAUGUGACAGGUGUCUAAUGAAUUGAAAUAAAAGUCUGAAUACUGUUCUGAAAAGGUUUUUACAUUGGUUGUUAAGGUACCAGAAACAAACCUUGUUUUGCACUGAUAGCAUUUCUGCUGAAACCAGUUUGAGCUAGCUUGUUAGCUUGCAGCACAUUUUGGCUUUCAGUUAAAACAAAUCAUUCAGUCAUAGUAGGUCCAAUAUACUAUGACACAUGAUGGUUUAAAAAAAUCUAGGGAGUAAAGGAAAAUGUGUUUGUUUUUUUUUUUUGUUUGUUUUUAAGUGGCCACCUGAAGAACACAGGUGUCAUUACUGACCUUAAAUUUUAACUACCACAUGUGCUAAUGCUGUUUUGUUUCUAUCCCUAUCCUUCACUUUAUUUCCUUACUUCACCUUUAACCUACUACUGCUUUGAUGUACAUAAACAGUGGUAAUAUCUGUGUUGUGCACAUUCAUGAGGAUUUUGAACAGAAAUGUAACCAAACAUGGAGCUGUUGAAACAUACUGGCCUAUAUUUAUCAUUUGGUUUAGAUUAGCAGGUGCAAACUGAUACUUCAUUGUUGUUUACUUUACUUUUGUUUUAUUUUAUUAGCAGUCAGCAGUUAUGCCCUCUACUAUUUUCUGGACCAAGGAACAAAAUAGGGUGCAGGCUGUUGCUACCAUGUUGCCAUCUAGGUAUCUAUUAGAGCUAGGCUUAAAAAUGACAUGUUUUCUAGAUGUUUAGUUGAUUGCUAGUCCAACCACUUGCUGAAGAAAGAAAUACAUUAAAAAGAUAUUGAAAUAACAAAUUCAGGGAUUGCAUAGCUUGCUUUGCAGUAGGAUUAAUCUAAUUAUUGUUUAAUUGUAUUGACAAUAUACUAGUAUAUUAAUAAAACUUACACCAGUUUUGCUAAACAUAUUUGUGCUGUCACCACUGGAACGUUAUGUAAAGAAUGAUUUAAAGAGUUAACUUUCUAGAUGUAUUUUAUUAGCUGACAUGAUUAGAUCCACACCAACAGCCAAACUAAAAGUACUGGUUUGCACUUUUAUUUUUUAUUUUUAUUAAGCAAUAUGAAGUUGAAGUUUGUUUGUGAUUAAAUGAACUUACUUAGAGUAUAAUGCUGUUUUUAAAUUCUCACAUUAGGCAGUUGAGUAGGUCAGAGCUCCAUAUGUCACUUUUAGGCAAAGCUAUAAUACAACCCUUUACUUAGAUGGUUGCCACUGUCUGUGUAGUCUCUACAUGGAACUGAAAUGAUGCCUGUACAGUAUAUAAUUCCGACAGCACAUGAAUGCACAUAAAUGCCUAAUUCUCUUGCAGAGAUCUUGUCAUGAAUGUCAUUGCAUGAGGGUAAUGUCACCUGUAAAACUAUGUGUGUGUUCAUCUGUUAGUGUGUUUACAGGUUCACUGGUCCUUUUUAAUGUGUGUGAGACAUUAGUGGAGAUAUGUUAAGUGUUUGACCUUUGCCCCUAUCUGUGUAUUUGAUUUGACUCAGCCUAACUGGUGUUAAGAUAUGAAUGUGUGUGUUUUUUUUUUUUUUCAUUAAACUCCUGGGCUUUAGUGACAGAGCUGAUGAUGUCUAAAUUGUUCUUCUUAACAUGCUUUUUGCUCAGUCAGCGCUUACAAAGGUCAAGUGAGAGAAUUCAUGCAAGGUUUGUUGGAAAAAUAAAAUGACUAGAGCUCCUA